AUGACGCUCGCUCUUCCUGUCGGCGCGGUCAUGAACUGCGCAGACAACUCCGGCGCCCGCAACCUCUACAUCAUCUCCGUCAAGGGCAUCGGCGCGCGUCUCAAUCGUCUUCCCGCCGCCGGCGUCGGUGAUAUGGUCAUGUGCACCGUCAAGAAGGGCAAGCCGGAGCUCCGGAAAAAGGUGAUGCAGGGUGUCGUCGUGCGCCAGAGCAAGCCGUGGAGGAGAUCGGAUGGCAUGUACCUCUACUUUGAGGACAAUGCUGGUGUUAUCGUCAAUCCCAAGGGCGAGAUGAAGGGUUCGGCGAUCACUGGGCCGGUGGGGAAGGAGGCUGCGGAGCUGUGGCCGCGUAUUGCGUCCAACUCGGGUGUGGUGAUGUGA